AGAUCAGCUGCGAAGAUGGCGACCAUGUGUGUGAGAAGCCGGUACCUCUUCGUAGGCUGAAAAUCAUUAUUUGUUUCACAUUUUUGCGCAUUGUGGAAAUUGUAUCCUGUAUUUAUUAUCUGCAAUCUAUAAACGAAAGAUGGAUAAAUCUGAAGGAAACGUCCAGGAAGUGACGGAUUCUCCAAACCCAGGCACCUCUGGGAACAUGUCGGCUUCUAAGAAAAAGAAAGUCUAUAAUAUGGAGCCACGCACCCCUCUUAAGAGGCAGAGGGUGCCUGUCAACAGAUUCCAGUCACCAGCCACUGAGGAACUGCCUGCUUCUGCCCCCAAAACACCAAAAGGAAAUAAAGAGGAAGCUGUUGUACUGCAGUACAAGAAAGGCGUGUUCCUGGCUGUCAGGGGUGAUGAAGGAAGCUUUUAUAUGUGUCGUACACAGCAAAAUGUGUAUAAAACUACCAAGCAUUUCAAGAUUCAGUGGCUGGAUCUGAAUGAACCUCCUAGCAUAUACAAGUUUGACUUUCUGGAUGCAACAGAAAUUGAGUGUGUUUUGACAAAUGUCAAAAUGGAAAGAAUUGCAAGGGAGACCUACCGACUUCCACACUCGGAGAAGACACGCAUUGAGAACAUCCUUCUUAGAGCCCUUAAGAAGGAAAAGGGAGAACCUAUUGAGGAGGAUGAUAUGCUAGUUGAGGAAACUGUUGGAGAAGAGGAUUUUGCUGAAGAUGACAGUGAGGAAGAAGACUGGGAAGAUGAUGAACCAUCUGCAAAGAAACCCAAGUACUCGAAGAGUGACAAGCCAAAGGCAACACCCAAGUCCAGGAAAAGCAUUACAGUUGCUCUUAAAGACUCAGGUUCAAAGAAAUCAAACACUAAAUCAAAGGGAAAGAAGACUGAAAAAGAGAAAGUAAAAAAACAAAAGAAAGAGAAGAAACCAGAGAAGGAAAAGAAACGUGGACCAGACAGAAAGCUUAAACCAAAUCCCAAAGUCAGAAUUGUUGAGAAAGAUCCUUUAUUCCAGACAAAAGAUCAUGUUCCAUUCAUCUCCAAGAAUGCCCAUGCCAAGUUGGUGUUCCGUGCCAUCUUCCAGAAUGAUAUUGCUCUCCUCAAACAGCUGUUGGAGGAUGGCCAACACAUUAACUCAGUAGGUGCUGCGAAAUCUUUGGCUGACAGUUGGACAUCACUUCACUACGCCCUGAAAAACAACAACGUUGAAGCAGUCAGUUUACUGGUCAAGGAUAUUCUAGCAGAUUCCGACGAAGAUAAUGUACGCAGAAAGCUACCCCAGCCCCGACAGCUGAUAUCUACCAUCAGUACUGGAACGUAUAAUCCAAGGUAUCUAGGUAUACGAUCUGUAAGGACACUAACCGUCGGUCGAGGAGGCAAGGAAGGAAAUCAAGCCUUCACAAAGGAAAAAGAUGAAGAUAGCUUGACUUGUGAUUUAAUCAGCGAUGCACUUCAGAUGGGAGUGAACAAAGAAACCUUAGAUGUGAUGAUUGCAAGUAGUGGUGAAAAUUACAUAGAUCAAUACAAUGAUGAAAAGCUGAAUAACAUUGUCUUUGCGGUACUUCGUGGUCACAGAGGUCUGGCUGGGCAGCUGAUGGAAGAUGCUCUGAAUCGUGGAGGUUUUGGUUUUAACUUCUUGCAUAAAGAUGUACUGGUGUUCAAUAAUGAAGAUUUGAAACAGUUCCAGAGUGCAUCUGUCAGAAAAAAGCCACUGAACAAUGCAUCUAUGACUCCACUGCAUUGUGCAUGCAUCAACCCCAACAUCAAAUACUUAGAGAAGUUGUUGUCCGUGGAGCCUGAUAUCAACCUGGAGGACAAAGGUGGAAGGAGGCCUAUCCACUAUGCUGCUUCUUGUGAAUCAACCGCACCCCUGGAGCUCCUCAUUAAAAAAGGAGCUAAUCCCAACGAGGUGACAAGGAGAAGAUUCACCCCUUUGCACUAUGCCUGCUAUGCAGAGCGACCAAAGAACAUAGACCUAUUGCUGAAAACAGCAGUAGCCAAGAAUGCUGCAGAGGGUGAUGGAGGUGAUCCAAUGAUGGCCAAGUGGGGCAUUGGAGGCAUCAAUCGCCCUAACUGGGAGACGGUCUGUCCUAUCCACAUCGCUGUGCAGAGUGGCAAUGCAGAAGUUGUCAAGGCCCUUCUGAAACAUGGUGUUGAUGUGAACAAACCUUUAUCUGCUAGCAAAGAAAAAGUAUCACCACUGAUGAUAGCAGCAGGAAAGGGGAACUUGGACAUUGCCAGACUGCUUAUACAAGCAGGUGCUAUUGUGGAACAACUUGAUAAAUUCAAGAGAACAGCACUGACCCAUGCAGUAAUGAAUGGCAGUGUGACUGUAACCUCCUACUUGCUGUAUUUGGGUGCAGACCCCAACCGUGUGGACAGCUCUAACAACUCACUGGUACACUAUGCUGCCGCAUAUGGCUGGUACUUUGUCCUCAAGAUGCUUGUAAAUGAAGGUGGGGCCGACCCAAAGAAGGCAAAUGACUGGAAGUUGACGCCUGUAGGAAUAGCUUUCAUGAAGGCACACAUGGGUUUGGUUGACUUUUUGCUGAAAAUGCCAGGAGUCGACAUCAACUUUAAAAACGAUUCUGGGAUGACUUUGAUCAGCCUUGCCUGUGGUAGUGAGCUGAACAGUGGUCUGUAUGACCAGAUUGUGUAUCUGAUGGACAAAGGCUCGGACCCCAGUAUCACCGACAUUAACGGCAUGAAUGCUCUUCAUCAUUUAGCUGGCAACACUGUAAAACCAAGUGGCACUGGUGGUCCAAAUUACCAGAAGAAGUAUGAUGAAAAUAUGGAUCUGUCUGUGAAGAUUGCUGAAUUACUAAUGAAGGCAGGAUGUAAUCCAGCCGUAAAAACUACAAAGAAACAAACAGCUGUCACACUCGCAAUAGAAAAGGUCAACACAAAGUUGGUGCGUGUUUUGGUAGAGAAGGGUGGUGUGAUUUCUGCCGAGAAAGACGAGGAUGGUGCUAACGCGCUCCACCAUCUUGCUCAGCAGUGCAUGGGCAAUGAUCUAGCACCACUAUUAAAAAUCCUGGCACAAGAGAACCCAUUAAAUAACAUUAAAGAAAAUGGUCUUGAUGAAAAAAUGGAAGUAGAUUCUAAUGACAAUGGAGAUGUAGUGAAAAUGGACAAGGAGCCAGAGAUUCCCAAACUCAAAAAGGUGAUGUCGUUCAGGUCUGGUUUGGAAGGUAUUAAACAAAUGGUGACCGAGGUGGACCAUUCUGGCUACACCCCCUUCCUUCUUGCCUGCUGCACGUACGCCAACUUCACGAAGCCACAUGAUAUGAAAGAUUCUGAAGUGCCAAAAGUUUAUCAGAAUGGAUGUGAUUUUAUCAGAACUUUAAUAGAACUGACUGGUUUGGAUGUAUCGACGACUGUUCAGAAAAAAUAUCAGGUCAAUGAUGUGAAAAACAAAAAGUCAACGGAUGAAAAAAAAGAGUACAAUGAAUUUGGAAAGCAAUCAGCUGUUCACUUCAUGAUAAAUAGGGGGAAAAAGAGUUCAGAUGGUGCUGAUUAUCCUGGUCUGCGGAUGGUACUGGAGAAAAAACCUGACCUGGAACUUAAAAAUCUGGAUGGGAAAACUGCACUAGCAGUUGCAGUAGAGAGACAGAACAAGCAGGCAGUUGAGAUACUGCUUGCUGCUGGAGCGAACCCAAACACUACCAUCGCCCUAGACAAAGAAACAACAGUAACAGCACUGACAACGGCAGCCACGUUGGGAAAUCCUGACUUGGUGCAACUAUUGGUUAGGGCAAAGGCACAGGUUGACUGCCGUAACAGCAAAACUAAGCAGACACCUCUUCACUUAGCUGUGGCGAACAGAAGUAAGGAGUCUAAUGCUGUGGACAUGGCGAUGUCCCUUUUGGAGGGAGGUGCUGACGUAAACUCUCUUGAUAACAGCAAGUGUACACCUUUACAUUUGGCUGUCAGCUCCAACUCGGGCACAUCCAAUGCCAGCACAGAUUUGGAAGAGCUGUUGAUAUCUGGAGGAGCUAAUGUGUAUGCCAAAGACAAUGAAAACAGAACGCCACUCCACUAUACUUUUGUCAAACAGGGAAGGCCCUGCGUCAGUUCGUCCCUUGAUCCUGUCGAGUUGUGCAGUGUGUUGACCAAAGCCAUGAAGGAUCAGCAGAUUGAUGAAGUGGACAAGUUCUGUAGGACACCUUUACACUUGGCAGCAAACAGAGGGGCAACUAUUUGUUGUGUUCAUCUCCUCCAGAGGAAAGCAGAGGUCAAUCGUCACGACAAAGAGGGCAACACACCCCUGUCUCUGGCUGUCAACAAAGGGCACGACAGCUGUGCCAUCAUGUUGAUACAGAAGGGUGCCAAUGUAGCAGACAAGGUUAUCAUUGUACCGCCAGAGAAAAAGGAGGAGGAAAAAGACAAAAAACCAUCAUGGAAAUGGAAGCCUGAAAGAGUCAUAGAGAAAGAUGAGACAGAAACCUACACUAUAUUCCAGGAGGCAAUCAAGAAGGAGCUCCAGGGAGUUGCACAUAUGGUCCUGGACAACACUACUCUGGACAGUAAGGUCAUAGAGGCUGCUUUGCGUGUGAACAGAUAUCAUGUAGCCCUGAGGCUCCUGAAGAGGAUCAAUACCUUUAGCAGUCUCCAAAUCACUAAUGCUAGUCGCCAAAACCUGCUUCAUGUCCUGGCGCUGGAUACAGAACCUAGAACACAAGUAGAUUUGCAGUUGAAGGUUGCCAAAAUGUUGGUUGAGAAAGGUGUUUCUGUCUCUGCAACAGACGAUUAUGGUUGCACUCCUCUUCAUUAUGCUUGCUUGAAACACCAAGCCUUCAGCCUUGGGGAGUUCCUCAUGGAGCAAGACAAGACAUUAGAUCUCGGCAAGAAAGACAAGUUUGGACGAUCAGUCUUAGGAGCUUUUUUCUGGAACCAGCAUGUUAUAACCGAGUCUGCUGAAGGGAGCACAAAAUGGUUGAAAAUGUUCUUGUCAAAGGGCGGUAACUUCAACAUACUGUACGACUACCCGACGUCAGACGUACCUACAUUUGAUGUAAUCCAGAAUGUUGUUCCAGACUACUUCACUACUGCCAGUGAGAGGAGAAUUUCACCAGUCAUCUUUUCAAUACACUUUGCUGAUUUUGGAAUGGUGAAGUUCCUGCUUGAUCAUGGUGCAUCACCCAACUUCCCUGAUAGUGAGGGUGUUACUCCGCUUAUGCAUGCUGUUAGAUCGAAUGAUCUUUCCCUGGUCAAAUUAUUACUCAAUUACUCGUUCGAGUCUGAUGACACCACAUCCAAAAAACCAGCCCUGGUAAAGAAGGCUUCUAGGCAGGUGUUUACAAUCAAAACCUUUAACUCAUUGACCAGCGUGCCUGAGGAGAAUGACCAGGAGGAUGAGGAUGAGGAAGAUGGCGGAGACAACGAGGAUGAAGAAGAGUGUGAAGAAGAGGAACAGGAUGCAGGUGAUGAAGGGGAUCAGGAAGAUGAGGAUGACAAUAAUGACCAAGAGGAUGAUGACGAUGACCAUGACACAGAUAUAGUUGAUUGGGAUGAGGAUGGUGAAGAUGAUUCCCCGGAACAGCUCCCGACACUCACACGCAUGGGAUCUAAAAAAGUCUCUUUAAUUAGACAAGGCAGCAGUGUUAAUAAAGAGGAAUUCCCCACCGUAGAAAAGACUAGUCCUGUAGAUUUGAAUGCAACAGAUCGUCAGGGGUGGACAGUGAUCCAUCAUCUUGUGUGCCCAUUGGACUAUGGUACCUAUGAUGCAGAGGAAAUUCUAUAUGUGUUAUGGAAGGCUGGUGCUGAUGUGUUAAAGAAGGACAAUGCAGGGUUAUCCCCCCUACAACAUUCAUUAAUACAUUGUGCUUCAAAACUUUCUAAACGUCUGCAGAUGAUAGCUGCUGUGGAGGAAAGAAAGAUGGAGAAGCCUACACUAGCAACGCAAGAUGUUAGGGAUAGUCUCCUGUCAGGGGAAACUACUGUUAAUUAUCAGACAGAUGCUGAAGAAAUGCUCAAAACAUCGGCCAGCCAGACUGCUCAGUCAAUGGAGGUGUCAAAGGUCAAAGGAGAUGACAGUGAUGAUGACUUUAACAAUGAUGAGGAAGAGGAUUUAAUUGCAAAACCUGAUCCCAAUUGUCAAAUGAAAGAUAUAGGGGAAUUAGCAAUGGACGACUCCCAAAGUAUCCCCUAUGAUGUUCUCUUGUCCAAGGUAGAUGUCUCCUGUGGUACCUGGGGCAUGUUCAACUUUUAUAAGAUGCAGAUUGUGUGGCAGAAAGGCGUGGACAUUUAUGUUCUGUUCACGAGGUGGGGUAGGAUAGGAGACCGGGGCCAGUUCCAGCACACACCAUUCCAGAAGAAGGCUGAAGCUGUUGCAGAGUUUGGGAAAGUCUUCAGGUCCAAAACUGGGAAUUAUUGGUCGAAUGUCAACUCGUUUGAAAAUCAGCCAAAGAAAUACAGACUUGUACCGCGGGAGGACAAGAGACAGAAAGAACGCAAGAUUGAGUUCAGUCUCAAGUCUGACAUUCCCUCCAAGCUACCUGAACCUGUCCAGCACUUGUUCCAGGAAAUGACAAGUGUAAGCAUGAUGUUGGCAGCUGUGAACAAGACUGGGGUUUACUCGGAUGCGAUGCCAUUUGGUAAAAUAAAAAGAGAAGCUCUCAUAGAAGGCAGGAAAUUACUGAAUCAACUUGGGGAUUUGAUCAAAGCUGUGGAAGAUCAGCAAAAGUCAAGAAUGAUGACCGCAGAAGACACACAAACAUACCAAAGCAAUUGUGAAAAGAUCUCAAAAGUGACUAAUGAAUAUUACCAUCUGAUACCACACCAUGGCUUCACAUUUGAAAAAAUUGCACCAAUAAACAGCUACAGAUCACUUAAAGAACACACGAGAGUGCUGUCCGAUCUGUUGGAUCUGGAAUGUGCCAGUAAAAUGUUGUUGGGAGCUCAGUCAAAAUUGUCUCAAAUGAACCCACUGGACUACAUACACCAGGCUGUUGGGUGUAAGGUAGAGCCCCUCACAGAGGACAGUCCAGAAAGCCAGUACAUACUCAAGUACAUGUAUGGGUCCUGUGAAACUGAAGUUCAGGCAAUAUACAAGCUGAGCAGACCUGGUGAGGAAGAGCGACUUACUGGUAAAAACUUAGACAACCACACACUGUUGUUCCAUGGCAGCUCUACAGCAAACUUCCUCAGCAUACUGCACAGGGGGCUCCUGGUGUCUCCUCCUGAGGUCCCCUUCACUGGCAACCUGUUUGGGGAGGGAGUAUACUUUGCUGAUACCUUUUGCAAGAGCAAGGACUAUUGUUACAACAGUAACCCUGAAUCAAGAACUAAAUUUUGCUUAGUGUGUGAGGUUGCCCUAGGUAAGGUACAAGAAAAUCCUGCACAUUUAGCUUCCUCCACCCAAGACCUGAGAGACACCGACUUCAACAGCAAGUGCAUCCUUGGAGGGCAAGGUCCCAACCCAGCCUUCAACAUAGCUCUGCCAUAUGGACCUACAAUCCCACUUGGCAUGCAGUGUGCUACACAUUCAUCAAAGGGCCAUCAUAUGAGCUUCAGUGAAUAUGUCAUUCAAGACCCUUCACAAAUCUGCCUGCGCUACCUGAUAGAGUUCACAAAGGCUAAGCCGAGGUCCGGCACAUAAAACCCCCUCAGUUGUACAUACACAGAGGUUCAUCUCACGUCGGCUUUACACAGAAAGGAGAGGCAUGAACUGCAUCCGACAUCGGCAUCACAGAAACAGGAGAGGCAACAGAGAUAUAAGUGGAGCUACACACGAAACUGGCUCGCUCAGUACAUCUCCUCUUCAUUAAAAAAUGUGUACUUAAUCUGAUGGCUUGUUAUUGGAAUAUUCAGUGCUAAAUCAUGUUUCAACUCCUUACAGACAAUUGAGUGUUACCUGUUGUUUAAGGAAGGGCCAUUUCAGAAAUCAAUGUGUUUGGGUGAAUGUGCAGGGAGGCACUUUUAAUGCGACCCUCCAACACACGCAAUCAUGUUUUCUUGGACCUCGUAAUACAAAUGUUAACAAUUAUUUCAGACCCAAACAACAAUAUAUUAUCGAUAAUAAGUGCCUCCCUGUCCCACCAUUAAUUCAUAUCUGGAAUAGUCAUUAAAAAUAUGUCAGUGAGGGUUCGAUUCCAGAGAAGAAAAUACAAUAAAAUAUGUUUAUUACCAGAGCCUGUCUACAGUACUUUAUCUAUAGGUUUAAAAGUUUUCAAUUAUUUUGGAAUGAAAUAAACAUGUUUUAAUGUAUGCAGAUAACUGUGUAUGAAUUCCCAGAUGUGCAGCUUCAACAUAUUGUUGGUAUUACUGAAGAAUGAAUUGAAUCAUGUAUGUAGGUUGUAAAGUGUUUGUGAGGGUCCAAAGCCAUAUUAUACUUGUUUCUAUUGGCAGAUGUUCAAUGAAUGUGUUGAUGGAUGAUGCAAACAAGAAUCAAAUUCAAUGUUACAUAUAUAUACACUUAUACAUACUUUAAUAUUAUAAGAAAUAUUUAUUGUCAAUUAAAACUAAAACGAGGAAAAGAUUUCUUUUCUUCCUUGAUAUUUUCAAAAAUGUUGAUCACAGGAAAAGUAUAUACAUGUAUUUGAAUCGGACUCCCAGAGAAAACCCCUCAAAGAAGAUUUUUUUUAUACAUUUUCAGUUUACAACUACAUGUAGUUAACAAGACUUUCAAAAACGUUUAAAAUGAGCCUCAUUACUUCAAUAGUGGAAAUACUAACAAAGAUCCUAGCAUGAGGUACACGUUUACUGUGUGGAUCGUUGUAUCAUUUAAAUUUUCUAAGUUACAUCUUUAUGGCUUGAAGGCUUAUAUGUAUUAACUAUACUCUAUCUCUUACAUUUAUGUUGUUCAAAUUGCAUGAACUAGUAGAUUUCUCUUUGAAUAUAUAGCUUUUUGAAAUUAAAGUUUUCUAAAAACUUUGAAUGUAAUUUUAUUCCUAUGAUAUACUUGUGUAAUGUUAUAAGUUUAAAAGCAUAACUUUUCUAACAGAUGAGUUUGCAUGUUGUGAUUGUUGUAUUGUCAAAUAUCUGUUGACUAGAUUAUUUUUAAUGCAAUAGAUGUCUUCUACUGUGUAUACAAUGGGUUUGCUGGCUAGACCAUUUUCUUGUAAAACAAAUGUAUUCUAUUUUUUACAACUUUAUAUGAUUAUUUCUAAGGUUGCAAUCAAUUAACAGAAGACACUUUUUUUCAAACUCUGUGCAAUUUCUUUUGUUAUAUGCCUACAAGAUGUGUAAGAUCUUUCUGGAAGGGUCUUUGAGAGUAUUUUGUGCACAGUUUAGUGCUUCAAUUUUGAAAAAUAACUGAAUAUUUGUGUUUAACGAAAACAGUAUUCAAAGUUUUAAAUGAUUAAAUUAAUUUCUUAAGUUCAGUAGCUACCAUUAUAUUUUGUAUGUGUAGAUCAAUUUGGAAUUUUCAAGAAAUGAUCUCACAUCGCAAAUUUUAAGGGCACCUGGUAGUUCAUGAAGGUAAACAGAUUACGUUUAACCUGUCUAACCUGUCUAAGCCACCACCACCACAACCACAAACGGUAGUAAAAAAUAAAAAUAAAACAAUCAUUUAGAUCCAUAAAUAUCUAUGGUAAUUUUAUUACCAGUGUUGACAGUGAGUUUGAAGCAUAUUACUUGUUCCACAAGUGCUGUGUAAACUUGGUAGGAGUUAGGUCUCUGAGUGCUGUGAGAACUUGUUAGAUCUAGAUAUAUUUGUAUGAGAUGAAGAUUUAAUGAAAAAGAUGUCGUAGUAGAUUUUUAUGAAUGUUGAUGUCUAGAUUACAUAAAGUAAGGGAUGAUACCAAUUUGAAUUGAAGUUAUUGUUUGGUUGCAGAUUUGUAUGCUUAUUUUGAGUAAGUUAUGACACUGAUAUACUAGUACCUAUACAAAAACGGUCUGAAUUUGCUCUCUCUCGUGCUCUCUUUCUAGAUGUAUUAAGUUUUAUAUUAACGUGGACUUUAUUGGAUUAGGCAGUAGGGAUAAGUUUCAUCAUCAGAUACAUUUUUGAGAAGGCUUUUUAAUUCUAAAAUAAGUAUUUUUCAUAUAUUAUUUGAAAUGUCAAGCACAAAAACCAAAAUGAUGCCUGUGUGUAUAAUAUAUGAAAAAAUGGAGUGACCCUGUUACCCAGGUUUUAACAUAGAUAUAUUGACAUUAUAUAUGCACAUUUCGAAAUGUGCCUAUCAUAUCACUCAGUAUUUCUGUAAAAGGAAAACUUUGAGGAGUUAGAACAUAUAAAAGGGAAAUCCUUGUUAAGUAACAUACCUGGUCAUGUCUUGGGAUGUUUCGAGGGAAAACAAUUAUUUCAUAAAAGAAUGCAUAAUGUUGUUUAUAUACCUGAAAUAGUAAUAGUGCUACGUAUGUGUACUGUACAUGUGAACUCUACAUAAUUCACCAAUUCUAGGGUGGCUAUUAGUUUUUGAAAAAUCAUUUUGUAAUUUUACUGUUAAAUUUAUCAAAAAUCAUUAAAACAAGGGUAUUGUAUGAUAUGCAACAUGCGACCAUAUUACUGUAAGUUCCAGAUCUUAAGAUUCAUGUGGUUGUUUAAAUUAAUUAAAUUUGUUGCACUGUCAUUAAAGAUGAUAUUUAGAAACAUGAUUGUUGACAUUUAGGUAUUAUUAACAAAAUCCAAGAAUUACUAUAGAUGCAAAUGAUCACAAGGAUGUUUGAUUCAAUUGACUUUGAGCAUGUAGCAAUUAUAAACAUGAAGUUUGUACUCAGGAACAGAAGUUAAAAAUAGAUCAUGCUCAUGUCUCAUGUGACCUUGACCUUGUAGAUAACAUACAUUGUCAUGCCAACUCGCCAAGCUGUAGAUAAUGCCUAAACAAUAGAUCUUUGUUUGAAUGUUAUUUGUAGUAGCUUUAGCUUCUGUGGUUAAGCAAUAUUUUACAGCGAUUGCUUUGGUAUAUGUAAACUGGUAUGUGUAAACUGCAGUGUUUCAUGCUCAUAUUCUCUUCAUGUUUUAAGGUAUUUGUUCAAUUUUGCCUUUUAUGCCAUUAAAAUUUUCAAUACAAAGACUGGCAAAAAAUGAAAAAUAAACAAUAAUACCCGACGGUGAAAUGCAAAAUGUAAUAGUUCUCAUGGCUUUCAAAUUUAUGUAACUUCAUAUCAAAGGACAACAUGCUCUAGAUCUAGUCCAUCACAUUUCCUGUCAGUUUCAGUUGAUUGCCAUAUCUACCAGGUAUUUACUCUGGAAACAUUUAGCAUACACAUUACAAGUAGUAGGAUCUGUAACUGAACAUUGUAAGUAAGAAUCUAUCAGAUAUGUAUUUUGUAAUAAUGGUAUAAUUAAACUUGUCACUAUACUA